CUUCCAUCCUAUCGCCACAGUCAGCUGAGCCGGGUCCCGUGACUAUGUUUGCCUCGGUGAGCUUGUCUUUGGCUUAUCAGCAGCCUCCAGACAGAUAACCUGUGGCGUUGGCGUUACUUCCAAGUUUCAAGCUCCGCGCUGUCUGCAUCGCGACUGCAACGAACAGCUCCAACUGCCCUUUAUCUCUGUCGUCGUUAGUAGCUCUUGGACCGCAUUGCUAAGUGGUCGUCAGUCGCGGCACAAAACCAACGUCAAACAAUAGAGCGCGUUGUGGAGGUAGCCGAAACGACCCACAAAAGCCGCAACUCUGUAACCUGAUCCGGACCGAAGCGCUUGGAAGUCAACAACUGGCCCAGGUCUCUGCUCGCUCUCCGAUUCAGUUCGUUCACGUCAGAUUAAGUGCACGGCUGUGGAAAAUGUUUCGCGCUACGGAAAUCGGCAGCGAAGAAACCCUUCCCGCUCUGGCGGAGUUAACCCAGGGGGAAGGCCGGGAUCUACAGUGGGUCAGUUGGAGAGGUGAGCAGAGGACCCUGCUGAAACGGCCACAGCGCAGCUCGCUGCCCAAUUAUGGCUUUGCUCCUCCGCCUAUCCGCAUGGAAUACAGAUAUCCCCGUGCCGUCUUCUUCGUUCUGGCCACCAAGUUUUUUGAGGCUUUCGCUGCCAACGGCAUACGCACCAUACUCGCCCUAUAUCUGCGCGAUGAUCUCAACUUUACGGAGAGCUUCUCCACGGUAGUGCUGCACAUCUUCAACUUUUUUGGCCAGUUCUGCCCCAUAUUUGGCGCUAUCCUGGCGGAUAGCUACAUGGGCAAUGUGCGCACAAUAUCGGCCUUCAGUUUCCUAUAUGCGUUCGGAUGGCUUUUGCUCACGUUGACAUCCCUUCCAAACAUGACAGUGUCUCUGGUCCUGCUGGUAUCAAUCGCCCUGCUAUUCAUAGCCGUGGGUAAUGGAUCCAUUCGGGCCUGCAUCACCUCGCUGGGAGCCCUACAGUUUAAGCUACCGGAGCAGAGCGUUCACCUGUCCGAGUACUUCUCUUUCUAUUAUUUCGUUUACUACUUCGGUAUUUUUCUGAGCAAGAUCAUUCCGCCCCUGGUGCGGGCAAACACGCACUGUUUCAGUAAGACGGAGUGCUAUCCGGCCGUAUUCGGCACCCUGGGCAGCGCCUUUCUGAUGGCUUGGUUUAUCUUUCUGAUCGGAAAGUGUUUCUACAAGGCCGAGAAGCUAGCCGCAGACAACAUCCUUUUUAAGUUCUUUGGCUGCAUAAAAACGGGCUUGGUAGAGAAAUGGCGGCGUCGCAAGUCCCCGAAGCGUUCCAGCUACUGGCUCCACAAUGCAGUUGGGGCCUAUGACGAGAGUUUCGUAAACGAUGUAUCCCGCGUUUUGAGGAUUUCCAAGCUGUUUAUCCCGCUGCCCUUUUAUUUCGCCCUGUUGGCGCAGCAAGACUCAAGCUGGACCUUCCAGGCCAGCCAAAUGAACACCACAGUAUUGGGCGUGACCAUUCAACCCGAUCAGGCCAAGGCCGUCGGCCCCAUUUUCCUCUUCAUAAUCAUCCCCCUGUGGCAGUACAUAACGGUUCCUUUGUUGCGGCGCUACCUAAACUGGGAACUUCAGCCGCUCCACAGCGUGACCGUUGGCGGAAUUUUUUCUGCCGGAGCUUUCUUUUGUGCGGGAGCUGUGCAAGAACGCAUUAUGAAUUCGCCCUUGCAAACGGUCAACAUAGCCUGGCAGAUGCCACAGUUUCUGCUUCUCAUGAUGGGCGAACUGCUACUCUCAAUUCCGGGUCUACAGUUCGCCUUCACCCAAGCCCCAACCACCAUGAAGUCUGUGGUCACGGCUGCUUGGUUCCUAAACAAUGCUUUCGGGAAUCUUAUCGUGGUCCUGGUUACAGAGCUGGCUUUGCUCAGCUCCCAAGUGGCAGAGUACUUCUUCUACGCGGUGGUUAUGCUGGUAUGCAUAAUCAUCUUUGCCCUGUUGGCGUUUGAUUACGCCCUGCAGGAACGGAAGGGAGGCUUUUAUAUUCGGGGCUUGGACAUCGAUCCGGAGGAUCGGGAUGUGCCCAGCACGAGCCGUAGUGACAGCAUCUAGGUGGCUACAUUU